AUGCAUGCAGGGGAUGUGUCCUUUGAAGAUGUCGACGUAGAGACUGAUGAGCAUGUUGCUAAGCGUGCCAAGCUUGAAGAGAAUCACGACCCUGCCCUCAAUGAUGAGGCUAUUCUGAGUGCGUUGGCUGCUCACAACAAUCCAGGCUCCGUGGAGCAUUAUAACCCUGA